GGACCCGCCUGCCAGGGUGGCCUCGGCCCAGCCGGGAAGAGGCUGGGGAGGAAAGGGCAGGUCUCCCCGGCCUUCAGGUGCUACCCGCGUGAGUGGGCGGAGGGCCCUGAACGCCUCAACCCCCCGCUCGGGAGGUGCGUCCGGGAAUCACCCUGGGUCCCGCUCCGCCCCGCCGCCGGGGGAGGGGGAGCAGGCGGCCGUUCUCUCCGGCUAUAAAGGGCCCUGGGCCGCAGAAGCUCGCCCCAGCGUCCUCCGGCUCCGCCUUCACCGUCUUCCUCCCAGCUAGCGCUCCAGUUCCCGCUCAGCUUCCAAUCGACCCUCUCGGGCUCGGCUACUCGGGCUGCAGCAGAAGAUGGCGGCUUCCGAGGCUCGGGCCGACUGCUCCGAGGCGGCGCUGGCUGAAGCCCUGGCGGACGUGCCGGAACUAGCUCGGCUUCUGGAGAUCGACCCGUACCUGAAGCCCUUCGCCCAGGACUUCCAGCGCAGGUAUAAGCGGUUUAACGAGACUUUGAACAACAUCGGAGAGAACGAAGGUGGUAUUGAUAAGUUUUCCAGAGGUUAUGAAUCAUUUGGUGUCCACAGAUGUGCCGAUGGUGGUUUGUACUGCAAAGAAUGGGCCCCAGGAGCAGAAGGAGUUUUUCUUACUGGAGACUUCAAUGAUUGGAAUCCAUUUUCGUACCCAUAUAAAAAACUGGAUUAUGGAAAGUGGGAGCUUUAUAUCCCACCAAAGAGGAAUAAAUCUCUACUUGUACCUCAUGGAUCCAAAUUGAAGGUGGUUAUUAGAAGUAAAAGUGGAGAGAUCUUGUAUCGUAUUUCACCAUGGGCGAAGUAUGUGACUCGUGAAGGUGAUAAUGUGAAUUAUGAUUGGAUACACUGGGAUCCAGAACACCCAUAUAAAUUUAAGCAUUCCAAACCAAAGAAGCCAAGAGGUCUAAGAAUUUAUGAAUCUCACGUGGGAAUUUCUUCCUAUGAAGGAAAAAUAGCUUCUUAUAAACAUUUUACAUGCAAUGUACUACCAAGAAUCAAAGACCUUGGAUACAACUGCAUUCAGAUGAUGGCAAUUAUGGAACAUGCUUACUAUGCCAGUUUUGGUUACCAGAUCACAAGCUUCUUUGCAGCUUCAAGCCGUUAUGGCACACCUGAAGAGCUAAAAGAACUAGUUGACACAGCUCACUCAAUGGGUAUUACAGUCCUCUUAGAUGUGGUGCACAGCCAUGCUUCAAAAAAUUCAGAAGAUGGAUUGAAUAUGUUUGAUGGGACAGAUUCCUGUUAUUUUCAUUCUGGACCUAGAGGGAAUCAUGAUCUUUGGGAUAGUCGAUUGUUUGCCUACUCCAGCUGGGAAGUUUUAAGAUUCCUCCUGUCAAACAUAAGAUGGUGGGUAGAAGAAUACGGCUUUGAUGGAUUUCGUUUUGAUGGUGUUACAUCCAUGCUCUAUCAUCACCAUGGAAUGGGUCAAGGUUUUUCAGGUGAUUACCAUGAAUAUUUUGGACUUCAGGUAGAUGAAGAUGCCUUGAUUUAUCUCAUGUUGGCAAAUCAUUUGAUUCACACGUUGUAUCCAGAUUCCAUAACAGUAGCUGAGGAUGUAUCAGGAAUGCCAGCUCUCUGUUCUCCGAUUUCCCAGGGAGGGGUUGGCUUUGACUACCGAUUGGCCAUGGCAAUUCCAGAUAAAUGGAUCCAGGUAAGAUUUCAUGUAAUCUUUUUUUUCCCUGUAAAUACCAUGUAUUAUGUUGGUUUAUUUAUUAUUUCUUUGAUUCGUUUCUUAAUUUGUGGAUAUGACCAUCAUGUCUUCUUAGAUCAUGAAUUCUCUGAAGGUACAUGUGAUCUUCUGCUUUAUGCACUCGUUGGGGAUAAGACACUGGCAUUUUGGUUGAUGGAUGCUGAAAUGUAUACCAACAUGAGUGUUCUGACCCCAUUUACUCCAGUUAUUGAUCGUGGAAUACAGCUUCAUAAAAUGAUUCGACUCAUUACUCAUGCUCUUGGCGGAGAAGGCUAUCUCAAUUUUAUGGGUAAUGAAUUUGGGCAUCCUGAAUGGUUAGACUUCCCAAGAAAAGGAAAUAAUGAGAGUUAUCAUUAUGCCAGAAGGCAGUUUCAUUUAACUGACGAUGACCUCCUUCGCUAUAAGUUCCUAAAUAACUUUGACAGGGAUAUGAAUAAAUUGGAAGAAAGAUGUGGUUGGCUUUCAGCUCCACAGGCCCAUGUGAGUGAAAAGCAUGAAGCCAAUAAGAUCAUCGCUUUUGAGAGAGCAGGUCUUCUUUUUAUUUUCAACUUUCAUCCAAGUAAGAGCUACACUGAUUACCGAGUUGGAACGACGCUCCUGGGAAAAUUCAAAAUUGUGCUAGAUACAGAUGCAGCAGAAUAUGGAGGACAUCAGAGAUUGGACCACAACACCGAUUUUUUUUCUGAAGAUUUUAAACAUAAUGAGCGUCCCUAUUCUCUUUUGGUGUACAUUCCAAGCCGAGUGGGCCUCAUCCUUCAGAAUGUGGAUAUGCCCAACUGAAGAGAUGGAGUUUCAGCUUCACCGGAGGACGUGUGCUUUGUUUUCCUGUUCUCGUUGCCACAGAGCUUGUAAUGUGUGAGCUUGCAAAACACAGUUGUCUAGACGAAACAUCAGACGUCUGAAAUUUAGUAUUGGCUUAUGCAAAUGAAUGUCAGACUUUAAGUAGGGGGGGUAUAUUUUUGAAAUUUUGAGGAUCCUGUACUCUAUUUUCCAGGCGUCUGAGCAGCUAGGAUUCUCAAAUGAAGCAUUCUAUGUAAUGCCUUUAAACACCUUUACUUUCUAGGCCAAUAUUUGAUCCUUAAAGUUCACAUUUGAAUUGUGUGUCAUGUAUGAUGAUUUCUGUUGAAUGUAUACAGUAUUUUUUUAAGAUGAAUAUUUGGUGACUUUAUUUGUUCUAAGUUGGUUUCAAAUACAAUGUAAUAUCUUGGUUUCAAAUACACAGCACCAAGGUUGUUACUAUGGUUUUUUUUUUCAAAUUGUGUUUAGAAAUACUGUAAUAACUAUGUAGUAAUAAUAUAAAAUUAAGAAUUGGAUCAAAGAUAAUAUAAAGCCGUUAUCUGUAACCUUGUCCAUGCUUCAUUUUGCCUAAGUUUUAUCUUGUAAUCUCUGCUUCACUUAGUAUCUUGGUGGAUGCUGAUAUUUCCAUCUUUCUGAAGACCUGAAUUGGUAAUUGUAACAUUUCAGAAAACGUCUUUUACUUUCAGUCAAUAAAAAAAAAUGCAGAUUUGCCUUUG